UUGGAAAUGAGCUGUUUGCUUGCACUGUACUUUCUCUCUGUGUAUUAUGUUUGUCUACUUCACAUAUUCUGCAUAGAGGCAUUUUUAUAAGUGGCUAAAGAACAUUUAAAUUUAUUUUAAGCUUGUAAGUUUGGUACUGAGUGUCUUCGAGGAGGGAUUAUCAGUUGACCCCUGAGAAGCACGUGUUUAGUGAGAGAGGGAGCGGAAAUAAACCUUUUGUGUUUCAGUGUCUCCUCUAACUGGUGCUGGCCUAACCCAGAUAGGCUGCCAGGUGCUUUGGAAGAGGUGAGAAGCAUUUGUUGGAAUUUUGUUUUCCUGUGAAGCUGAUACAGUCAAGUGGGACCAAAUUCAGCUGUGAUGGAAAGGAUUUCUGGCGGGUUAGAGUGAGUGGUUUGGGACACAAAGCAUCUCUGUGCACAGGUGACACAUGGCUGUGUUAAUGCAGCAGCAUGUAGACACCGAGUGUAAUCAACAUUUGAUCUUACAGAUAUAUGUAGUUCUUGGGUCAGUUGAGAUUAAUUAUUUUAUUUCUCCCAAAAGACUGAGAUUGUAACUAUAACAAUAAUAAUUAUAGUACUUAUGCAUAGAUAUAAUGUUGCUGUAGCUGCAUAUCCAAAAUGUAAUCGAAGUUGUUAGUUCUUUGAGAUUUGGAUAGUACAAGUACAAAGGUAUCACUAAAGGUGGUAAAAACCCCCCUAUAAUAAGAGAGUACUCUGUGUUUUAAUUAAUUGCUGUUAUUCUUUACUGUUUGCUUUCAAACAGUAAAUGCAUACAUUAUUGCACAACCAUUUCAUUCUCAGGGUCAUUUUUUUAGGCUAUAAAAUACUGCUUCCUGUAAGUCUUUUACCUUGAAAAGCUAAACAUAAGCUGGACUCUGAUCAAAAUUUAAAAUUUAUCCUUAAUGAUGUAUUUUUGCUUUUUUUCUGGGGGUCAGAAACUUCUUGCUGAAUCUCUGCUUGUGACCUGUGAGCUUUACAAAAAAUGUACUUAGUUCUGCACAAUAUGGUGGGACUGCAGGUUGACAAACAGUGCUCUGAGUGUCUUGGUGAGGUACCUAUGGUGUCCAUGAAGGAACCCAAAUUGCUCUUUUUAAGUUGAAGAACUUGAAGUUUAAAGCAAACUUGCAAUAAGGUCUGUCUGGUCUAGGAAAAUCUCGUUUCCUCCAUGCUUUCCUCCUUGGUCCCUGUCUUGUCAACCAAAGUUUUCAAUGGUUAAACCUACAGCAUAUGCUAAGAAUGACAGCAAGUGUGUGCUAAAGGCUAAGGCAAACUUGUGGAAGUGCCUUGUAAUUCAGAACAGUGGGGAAAGUGUUGAAAUUAUCUUUUCUGAGUAACACAAAUUCAUAUUAUCAAAUCCCUGAAGAAGACAUGGAGCUGCUUUCCUGAGCACCCUGUGUACCAUGUUGCUGGGGCUGUGGUUGUGUCAUCUCCUCUUCUGUGGUGAUUCUUUGAGCUUUCAUUAGGGUGCAGUUGGAAGAGCAAGUGAAGAGAAGGAAUGAGAAGUCAAUCUGUGCUGUGCAUGUGCAGUGAGAAGAGAGAGAGCCUGGUAAAGCUGGUGCUGACUGGACACCAGGCGCAGUCUCUGGUACACUGGACUAGGUGGGGCUGGUGAACUGCGUUUCCCCACUGUUGUCAGGUGAGACUUAGAUAUAUUUUCCAGCUGCCAGGUGGGAUGAUCCAGGCACUUUUGACUACAGUGAGAAACCUGCGUGUACAAAAUGAGCUUGAUGCUGAGCACAACUUACUCAAGGGAGAAAGCCACUGGGAAGUGCAUGAGCUAAGGUCAGCAGUGCACUUAUCCUACAGUCAGGUCCUUUUCAACUCCCCUGGUCUCCAGGGGAGCAGAAGAUGUAGAAAUGCUCCAUUGUUGAAAGUCUUACUUUCAAUAGGCAAAAUAACUGUUUUUACUAGAGUAAGUAAAAGAUCGGGAAGGAAGGCUUAGAGUUCCUUAGUGAACUUGUAGGGUAUUGCAGAAAAGAGUGGAAGGUCUUAAGGCAGCUUAAAGAAUCACUGACAAAGAUAUCAGGAAAAGGUGAUUUUUAAUAUAGAUUUAUGAAAGUGUGACUUAACAGAAUUCAGUGGCAAGUUUCACUAUUACUUACUAUGUGGAAGGAGCUUAUAGGGGUUGAAAGUGCAUGGGAGUGAUUUACACAGGGAUUAAGGGAAAUGGUUGCUACAGGGAUAGGGGAGGCUGAAUCGGGGACAGGCUGGAAUGAUUUGCACAGGGAUUAGGGAAAAGGCUGAGGAACACCCUCCUGUUGAGUCAUGAGGUCCAGACUGGACCUCCUUGCUUUCUAAACUCCUGCUCAGAGAGGAGUCCAGUUGCAGCUGAAUCCAUUCCUAGUCUCAGACUUGGUAAUUUACAACUAAGGGAUUUAAGUGUAGGGAUUUCAGUGUAGUGCUUUAAUACAUUAUUAUGGGUCUGGUGUGAUUUGAAAUAGCAACAAAUUAAGACUGCUUAACACUAUUCUAACAAACAAAAUUAAAUUAUAUGAUUUUCUAAUAAAGUUAUAAGAAUCAGUUAUAAUCAAUAGAGGUUAAAGUGAAAUUCUAAGAAAUGUUCUUAACUAAAUUGAGCACAGAUGCACAUACACACACAUAUAUAAAGGCUAACCUGUUAAUAUCUUCAAUUUUGGUACGUAAUACAAUGAAAGAAGUUGCAUUCUUUUCCCCCAGUUACCCAAUGUAGUAAAAUUAUAACAGCCUGAUAUAAUUUGAUUUUCCCUCAUACCUAAAAGAAGUGGCUGGCUACUUAGUCUUUCAAUUGGAUGAACUGGCCUCCUUUGUGAGACACGUGGUGCAAGCUACAACUUGGUGCCAUUCUGGAGAGCUCCAAGGGACCUCCAGCUUCAGAUAUUUAUAGGGUCCAAGAUGACUGACUUUGGUCAGUACUUUUCCACGAUAGUCAAGAUACAGGUUAGGUAAUCUUUGGCAACUUUCAGAGUGCGCCUAUAUUCUGAGGAGGAGGGGUCUUAGGUUUGUACUGCAAGCAGAAUUUCAGAUAUGACUAGGGGUUGCUGCGUCACUCCAUUGCCGUAUUUGCACUAGAAAAAAAAGGUACCCGAUUAUCCAGGUUCACCACUCCUCUAGGCAAGGUCAGAAAGUGCUGGGCUGUAUCAGUGUACUGAACCUGCUAGCAAAACAAGAAUAAUGUUAGGCCCACUGCACUUAACUAAAGUAAGAACAAUGUUGGCUGGUGUUGAUGUGGCAACGUGGCUUAGUAAACGGGAGUUUGCACCUCCACCCAGGGUGACUAGGGAUGCUUAAUUUGAGGCACUGCAUUUUAGUAUCAGGUUUUGUCCCUGUCUUUGACUCAAUGUGGACCUGUAUGUUGUGUGUUCUUUCUGAAGCUUGGGGUAGAUGUUUGUUUCACCCUUAUGUUUCACCCACCCACCAAGCAGGGUGGUUUUAAGGCUAAAACUCUGUUACCCUGUUUGGGGUGUUACCCUGUUUGAGUAAGGAGGAAAACUUUCAUGGUAUGAAGCAUCAAAAUUUUGCAGUCUGGGAGUCAAAGCUAAUAAAAGUUAUUUUGAGCUUUCUUGGAGGCAACUUUUUCUUAAAUUCACAAGCAUGGUUGGGGCUAGAGUUGAGACCUCAGGGUGAAUCUUCUUGCAGGGAUGGCUGAAGCAGGGUCUUACAUGUUACUGAUGACCGCUGAAUUUUUUUUCACUGUGCUAUUUAUACUGUUCACCCAUGGUGCUUGUUCUAAGUUGUGAACAGCUUUUGUGUCUUCAGCUGCAUUUGUCACGCCUCUGAGAUGUCAUACCAAUUUGAGUCCCAACACUUUUUGAAGGCCAUGACAUUUCUCUUCAUAACUGAGGACUAAAGCUGGCUUCAGUGAUAAGGAAGAUGGUUGCCCUUAAAAACUACUAGGGAAGAAACUUGGUUUGCUUCAGGCUGAACUGUUUGGAGUCUCAUAUACAGCUUUAAAAAGUCUUGGAAGCAAGAGGGUAAAUCCAGGUAUAAACUGAUUAUCUGCUCUGUAGUCACUGUGAGCUGCUUCAGUGACUUCAAGGAUGAGAGCCCAUCCAUUGGGAAAGAGUUUUGUCUGUGCAUUGUUAAUGAAGAACAUACUGCCUAUUUAUUGUUUUAUGUGGGAAAAUGAAGGGUUACUGUGGGUAUAAAUCUUCUUUAGUAAUAGCUGAUGUGUCUGUGUAAUGUCUUGAAAUACUGGGUUUUGUUUGUCUUCAGUUUAAGUUUCUCCUCACUUUUCGCAAUGAGUGGAAAAAAGCGAAGCAGGAGUCAGCUAAGGUUGAUGCUUCAUUUUGACUGACUUUGUGUAAAGGCAGGGCCAGGACUAUAGUUCCCCGCAUUAUCAGUGUGCUCAAGCUGAUGCAAACCCUUCUGCUGAGUGUGGAUAUAACACAGGGUCCCAGUGUGAGUCAAAAGGCAUAAUGUCUGUGCUGCUGUAUGCCUAUGGACUUUGAGUCUUGCUUUGUACACGUGGCUUUUGACUUGAGCUAUUCUCUGUCGGAGCCUGAGGAAAGAAGAGCAAAGUACGCUUUCUACGAGGAUCUCGUUGAUUUGAAAGCGAUACAAGAAAGAAUUGCUCCUGAGAAGAGAAGCCUCCCUGCAAGGCUAGCCCUGAAGAUGUGGACUGCCAUUGCAUUCUUCCUGAUGAUUUCCUUCUGUACGUGUGAACAUAGGUUUUCUGUCCUGAAAGGAAGAGGAGUCCAUGUAGUGCGAAUAAACAGGCUUACAACUGAAAAGCAGUGCAGGCAGGCUUGUCAAAGCCCUGGUGUUUCAGGUAACCAUCACUGUAAUUGGUCUGCGCCCUACCAAAAUUGCUGCAUCCUCUUGCAGUGUCACCAGCUGAGUGUAUGCCAGAAUGCCAGAGAACAAGACAUCAAAGAUCUGCUUGGAGAAAUUGUUGGUGGGAAGAGGGAAACAAUUUUGUUUCAUCAUCAAACCUAUCCACAGAAAAGGAAGAGGAUGGUAAAAGUACAGGUGGACCAACACAACGUGGAAAACCUGGUUUUCUCAACUGCUCGGACUCACAAAAUUCACUUGAGGCAUUUAGUUGAGGUUAAGAAUGAAGAUGUAACAACAAAUGCAAGAAAAAUAAUUGCAAGCAAUGCAACCAGCACCCCAGCAACCACCACCACUGCCACAGCCAUAGCAAUAAGUGUUACACAUGCAGCUGUUCUCACUACAGCUUAUGAAACAACUGUCAAAACCUCAAACGCCCCUGGAGAUUCUGAUCUCCUUGCUGAAGCCGUGUCAUCCUCUGCCACUUCUUUCACUUCUGGUAACAUCCCUGUUUCUACUUCCAGCAAUGUCACAAAGCUUGUGACCACCACUGAAAAAUCAGGACAUAGUAGCUCUGUCUCAGGAUUGUCCCCCACUUCCACUGCUUCUCCUCUCAGUGUAAUUUCUGAAGCAGGUACUCCAAUGCCUCCAACAGAUCAGUUUAACCCAGCCACCACCAGCACUCCCCACUCUAGUAGCCACGCCACUGUUGGAGCUGGCCUGAAUACACCAAGCACGACAUUAACCACUUUCAUGCCACAGGAUGAAGGAAUGUCUUCCACUGCUUCCACUCAUGCCAUGGCACUCAGCCCCUUGGAGGAUUCACACUCUCUGAAUUCACUGCCUGGCAUUACAUUGCUAUAUCUAGAACCAGAAGCAAGUACAGCCACAACAUCAUUGCAUAAAUCAGCUUACAUUCUGGGGUCUACAAGAGGUGCCAUGGUUUUAACUACUGCCUCUACAUCAAAAACUACUACUGUGGGUGAGAUAAAGUCAACAUCUUACAUUUUUUCAACAACUGUGACCCCAGCAGUUGCACCCAAAACAACAGCUUCAGGCUUUGAAGAAACUCAGAACAUGGACAGUGAGUAUCAUCUCAUUGCUGCUGAGCCUUUAACUCAGUACUUAGUGGAUAAAAGCUUGCUUCUUGGAUUACUUUUAGUUGGUACAUUUUUUUUUAUAACUAUUGUAGUUCUUUUCCUUACACAGGCCUAUGAGAGAUACAAGAGGAAAGAUUACACACAAGUGGAUUACUUGAUCAAUGGAAUGUAUGUGGACUCAAAGAUGUGAAAUGGUGGGGAAUAAAACAGUGGGCAGAGAUAUGGAAAGAGAUUGAAGGGCUGCCCGACUUGUUUUUUUUCUCCUAUUUGCCUAUGACACGAACUGAAAGUGCUUCCAAAUUUACUUCUGGUGCAAUUGAGGAAAAAUGCCAUGUACUCUAAGAUAGAAAACCCCAAUUUUUUUAUUCAAUUGUGCAACAUGGUGCUGUGAAAAAGAGUUGUAAUUUUUAAAACAUCCAUAAUGCACAAUAGGUUUGGCCAUUAUUUUUCAUGGUAAAACAAACCCAACAAGGGAUAGGUCAUCAUCCUGGAUAAAUGGUAUAGUGCUUUUUCAACUGUUUGCAGUGCAAGUUCCUUGUGUUCCCUUUGUUUCUCAUAUGCUCCUCCAAAAACAGGAAAGGAUGCUUUCAUCUUUUGCAAAGUGUUCUGAAAUCAUCAGGUGAGAAGUGUGGAAUAUUGCUGCAGCAGGGAAUGUUUAAUCCAAUGUGUGUCAUGUCUCAGUAUGCCUCUUGCUUGUAAAAGAUUUCUGUUUAUAAGACUCUAUAAGCUCUGUUUACUGCUCACACAAGAUAUCUUUUCACCAUGAAGCAGAUUACAGUGCUGCUGAACUUAUCUCAUUUUUGUAUUCACAUAAUAAAUGGGGCCCUGGAAGGGCAUACCUUGUUGCA